CCGCGUUUCGUGAUGGCAGAAGCGGAACACGCUGCCCCCGAGACUGCCGCCCCCCGCCGGCCCCCGAGCCGCCUCCGCUGGUGAAAUGCGCGGCCGCUGGUGAGGCGCAAAAACUGGAUCUCCCGAUAGGCAGCGGCGGCGGCGGGGUGGCGUCGCCGCGACGCACCAGGGCGCCGCUAUGUCGCCUCAUGGAGGAGGACGAGGACUCGUUCGAGCUCGAGGUGUUCGAGGUCGACGAACCGGCCACCCCCGACGAGGUGUCCGAACGCCGCACGCGACGCCACCGCCGUCGGCGCCGCGCCAAGAGUUUCGGUAGUGCGGGGCCGACACGCUCGCGCUCCUCCGUCUCCGUCUGCUCGUCGGAGGCGGCACGUGGUGACCAACCCCUCGUGCCGCCGGCAACCCCCGAGACCCCUGGAGGCGCACCCGAGGCGGCCAGACCCACAAGCACGUUCAGGUCCAGUCUGCUGAACGUGCUGGGCAAACUGGUCAUCUGGAGAAGUUCGAGUUCGGCCUCUGCGCGACACCGAGCGCCCCCGACCCCACCGCACAGCCUUGCGUCGACGCAACCCCCGCUGCAGCCCCCGCAACCGGAACCGUGCGAGUAUCUGCGGGGCUUCCUCGCCAUUGAGACGGAGAGGCGGAUACGGGCUAACGACCGAGAGUUCAACGCGCAAUUCCACUACGCUAACAACCUCAUCAAAACGUCCAAGUAUUCGGUGCUGACAUUCCUGCCGCUCAAUCUGUUCGAGCAGUUCCAAAGGCUUGCCAACUUCUAUUUCCUCUGCCUGCUGGUGCUCCAGAUGAUCCCAGCCAUCUCGUCACUCACGCCCGUCACCACCGCCGUGCCCCUCAUCGGUGUGCUCGCCCUCACGGCAGUCAAAGACGCCUACGACGACUACCAAAGACAUGUCAGCGACUCGCAAGUGAACAACCGGAAGUCGCUGACUCUGCGAGAUGGGAAGCUGGUGGAGGAGAAAUGGGCCCAAGUGCAGGUGGGCGACGUCAUCCGAAUGGAGAACGACCAGUUCGUGGCGGCGGACAUGCUCCUCCUCUCAACCAGCGAGCCCAACGGCCUUUGUUACAUUGAGACUGCGGAGUUGGACGGGGAAACAAAUCUUAAAUGCCGGCAGUGCCUGUUAGAAACAGCAGAAAUGGGUCAGGAUGACGCCAGAAUUGGUGCCUUCAAUGGAGAGAUCGUGUGCGAGACUCCCAACAACCUACUUAACAAGUACGAGGGCGUCCUCACAUGGGAGGGGAAAUCGUAUGCCCUGGACAAUGACAAAGUGGUGCUGAGAGGAUGCGUUUUAAGAAACACGCAGUGGUGCUACGGGAUGGUCAUUUUUGCCGGUAAAGACACCAAACUAAUGCAGAACUCCGGGAAGACCAAGUUCAAGCGCACAAGUAUCGAUAGAUUGCUGAACUUCAUUAUCAUAGGGAUUGUAUUUUUUCUACUGUCCAUGUGCCUGUUCUGUACGAUCGCCUGUGGGUUCUGGGAAACGAUCACGGGCCGUCACUUCCAAAUCUACCUGCCGUGGGACAAACUGGUCCCCACCGACCCCAUCGAGGGUGCCACUGUGAUAGCUUUACUUGUUUUCUUCUCGUACACCAUAGUCCUCAACACCGUUGUGCCUAUUUCACUUUAUGUUAGCGUGGAGGUUAUCAGAUUUGUGCAGAGUUUUCUAAUCAACUGGGAUGAGAAUAUGUACCACGAGAAGAGUGGUACGUCGGCAAAAGCGCGGACAACAUGUUUGAACGAAGAGCUGGGUCAGAUCGAAUACAUUUUCUCUGACAAAACUGGAACCCUCACGCAGAACAUAAUGACAUUCAACAAAUGCUCGAUCGGUGAAAAGUGCUAUGGGGACGUCAUCGACGAACAAACAGGAGAUAUCUUGGAAGUUACCGAGGGUCGAGUGGAGAACGCGAGCAGCCUGAGCAGUCUGCCAGGCUCGACGCAACCUUCGACGUUUGUUCAUCUGUAUAACGGAUUGACAAGCAAGAGCCCCUCGGCGCCGGGCACUUUGGCCAUCAGAGUCUCAAGCACGAUUCCAGUCGACUUCUCCGAAAAUCCAGACUUCGAGCCGGAAUUCAGGUUUUACGACAAGAGUCUGCUGGAGGCGGUGCGGCGGAAAGACGAGACGGUUCACAGUUUCUUCAAGCUGCUGGCUUUGUGUCACACAGUUAUGCCAGACGAAAAGAGUGGCAAACUCGAGUACCAGGCGCAGUCGCCCGACGAAGCCGCACUCGUCUCAGCGGCCAGGAAUUUCGGCUUUGUCUUCAAGGAGCGAAGCCCAAACAGCAUCACAAUAGACGUAAUGGGUGAGAGGGAAGUGUACGAGUUGCUCUGCAUUUUGGACUUCAACAAUGUCCGAAAACGAAUGUCCGUCAUCCUGAGAAAGGACGGGAAACUUCGUCUGUUUUGUAAAGGAGCCGACAAUGUCAUCUACGAAAGGCUGAAACCCGACAGCGACGCGAGAAAGACAAAAACCCAAGACAAUUUAAAUAAAUUUGCCAGCGAAGGUCUGCGGACUCUUUGCUUAGCAGUGCGGGACCUAGAAGAUGACUUCUUUAAUGACUGGAAGAACAGACAUCAAGCAGCAGCUCUUUCGUUGGACAACCGAGACGAAAAGCUGGACAGCAUUUACGAGGAGAUUGAGAAAGACAUGACCCUGCUCGGAGCUACUGCGAUCGAGGACAAACUGCAGGAUGGCGUUCCUCAGGCCAUUUCCAAAUUGGCACAGGCAGGAAUAAAGAUUUGGGUUCUGACAGGAGACAAGCAAGAAACUGCAAUCAAUAUUGGCUACUCGUGUCAGCUGCUGACAGACGACAUGGCUGAAGUUUUCAUAGUGGACGGAAACUUGUACGAAGACGUGGAGCAGCAGUUGGGCAGGCUACGUGACAUGAUCAACAAUUCGGAAAAGAGUGACGGUGUUAACGGAGGCCCCACCGCAGUUAGCGUGGUCACUUUCAGGUGGGGCAAGGAUCAAAGUGAAAGUGAAUAUCAGCAUGGUUGCAGUGUGGAAGAGCCCGAAGUCAGCGGUGGCUACGCUUUGGUCAUCAACGGCCACUCGUUGGUCCACGCACUACACCCGAGCCUUGAAAAAAUCUUCCUCGAAGCUGCCUCGCAAUGCAAGUCUGUGAUAUGCUGUAGAGUAACUCCGUUGCAAAAGGCAAUGGUGGUGGAACUGAUCAAAAAGAACAAACACGCUGUGACACUUGCCAUCGGAGACGGAGCCAAUGACGUUUCCAUGAUCAAAGCCGCCCAUAUUGGUGUUGGCAUCAGCGGCCAAGAAGGACUGCAAGCUGUGCUGGCGUCCGACUACAGUCUGCCUCAGUUCCGAUUCCUCGAGAGGCUACUUUUGGUGCACGGACGCUGGUCUUAUUUCCGCAUGUGCAAAUUCCUGCGCUACUUCUUUUACAAGAACUUUGCGUUCACGCUGUGCCACUUUUGGUUUGCAUUUUUCUGCGGCUUUAGCGCCCAGACUCUCUUCGACCCCAUAUUUAUUUCAUUCUACAACUUGUUCUACACGGCGCUGCCGGUGAUGUCUCUCGGCGUGUUCGACCAGGACGUCAACGACAAAAACAGUCUGAGCUACCCCAAGUUGUACACCCCGGGCCACCAGGAUUUGCUUUUCAACAAGAAAGAGUUCCUCAAGUCAGCCAUGCAUGGCUUCUUCACUUCCUGCAUCCUCUUCCUCGUGCCAUAUGGCACCUACAUUGAUGGAGUUUCUCCAAAAGGACAUGCCCUAUCGGAUCACAUGCUCUUCGGCAGUGUUGUAGCAACAAUUUUGAUCAUAGUCGUUACAGCCCAGAUUGCUUUGGACACUGCGUACUGGACGUGGUGGAGUCACUUCACUAUUUGGGGAUCGCUUUGUAUUUACUUCACUUUCACAUUCAUCUGCAAUUACGUUUUUGGUGGACCCUACAUAGGCUCAUUAACAAAGGCGAUGAGCGAGCCAACUUUCUGGUUCACAACACUCCUAACAGUUACAAUAUUGAUCGUCCCGGUGUUGGCUUGGCGGUUUUACUUUGUGGACGUGAAGCCAACACUUUCUGACAGAGUCAGACUCAAACAAAGACUUGAAUCACUCAGAUCUCGCCAGUCCCAAGACAUUCUGCGAACUCCAUCUGCGCGUCGCACGCGGCGGUCGAUCCGCUCGGGCUACGCGUUUGCCCACCAAGAGGGCUUUGGCCGCCUCAUCACGUCCGGCAAAAUCAUGCGCAAGAUUCCUCGUCCCAACGUGGGCACCGAUUUUUCAUUCCCGCUGAGCUUCGGCUCGUCAAAUCUCGGCGGCUCGAUGAGUCCCCGGAAACCAGUUGUUGCCUCAAGCAGUUCCUCGAACGCCGGCGCCUUCACCACCCUGGCGCCGCCCGAAAUCCCAGGUUUCAACGAACAGUCGUGAUUUUUGUGAUAGAACUCGCCGGCGCAACUAUUGCAGGCCGAACUUGUCGAGAAAAGUGCCGUCGUCUUGGAAUUUGUUCGCAUUAUUUUCUAGUUUUCGUCGUCUGCAUUCGGUUGUGACCAAAAAACGAUAUAAUAUAUAUAAAAAGUUAAGUUCAACACACUAAGGAAGGAAGAAGGUUGCGUCAUUAGUUUUUAAUUACACACACACCCGCAUAGUCGAAAAAAAAUGGUGUUAAUCAUAUCAGUAUCAAUCAAUUUUUAUACCAGUUAAUUAAUUCUAGUUCAUACAAAUUUAAGUGUAAAAAAGGAAAAUGUGAACACACAUCGAGUUUGUUUUUUAUGCGCGCGAAAAAUGCCAAAUUAUUUUAAUACUUGAUAAGUGUGCGUUAUAUAUUUAUCUAGUUGUGUGACUUUCAACCCUUUUCACUGAAGCUGGUCUCAGGAUUUAAUUCAUGUCACUUUCAAGCUUGCCUGUUUUUUGGUUUUAUUUUAUUUAUAAAAAAAAAUGAACAAAUUCGCUAGUUAUCUAUUGUGACGCCUUUGACUGUUGUUAUUUUAUGAUUGUCCAACAAUUUUUCUAUUCUUUUUCUAUUCAAUCGCAGGAGAUAAAGGAUUAUUAAGGAUGAAGUGUUGUGCCAGGUGAAAUCGGAACACUCCAUUCGGAAGAGACGACGUUUCCAAAUUAUUUUCUUUACAAAAAUAAACAACCAAUUGGAUUGUGCACAAAAACUUUUACAUGCUGCUGAAUACUAUAUACUGUUGCAAUCUUGAUAAAUUUUUACUAUUGAUCAUUGCAUAUAUAUUUGAAUGGAGAACGUUUGACAUACUUAUAUGUAUUGUUUUGAGUUCCUCGACUCUAUCGGGAUGGAUUAAAUUAUUUUGCAAUGCUUUUCCAGUUUGUUUGAGGAUAGAGGCUGUGCUUGUUAGUUACUCUACUUUCUGUCAAAAUUUAUUGCGUUUCUAUUCAAAACGUCUGUGUCAUUCAUUAAAACAAUAGUUUCGAACUUCUUUGCCAGCAAGAGCUGUAUUAAAAUUGGCCCAAACUGUCUUGCCCUGCAUCACAAAUGUUCUUUUUUCCAAAAUAUAUAAACUCAAGUAAUUUAUUAAUUGGUCUCUGCUCUUGCUGCAAUGAAUAUUUUUCUAUUUAUAGAAGGUUAUUGUUUCUUUGACCAAAUAAAUCAUCCUAUUACAAG